AUACCAAUACCAGAAGAUCCAUGCUGUACUAGGACUGAGUGCUACUGCAACACAAGCCUCUGCACUGACAUCACACCCCAGUGCUUAGAGGGACAGGAAAUAAUCACAAUAAUGCCACCUGGAAACUGCUGUCCUAUCUUCGAAUGCAGACAGGGCUGUGUAGUCAACGAAACCUAUUAUGCACCUGGAGCUGCAGUUCCAUCAGGCCCCUGUGAAGAAUGUACCUGCUCUGCAUCCUCUCCCUCAAGGCCUCACCACCUCGCGGUCACAUGCCAGCCUGUUAUCUGUGACACGUACUGCCCACUGGGCUAUAAAUACACUGUGGAACCCGGACAGUGCUGUGGCACGUGCAAGGCAGCGGCUUGUGUAGUGACUGUGGGAGACAACAUUACACACGUGCUCCAUGAAGGAGAACAUUGGAAUCCGCCUGGUGAUAACUGUACUGUUUACACAUGUGAAAAACAUGCUGACCAGUUCAUUCAAGUCAUCAAGGAGGCAAGCUGUCCUGCCUUUAACCAUGAUGAGUGUGAUCCAGAUGAUAUCAGGCUAUCUGAUGAUGGCUGCUGUUUAGUGUGCCGAAGAGCACCGAAACUUUGUAUGAAGUACAAUACGACUACUGUCAUCAACUAUAAUGGCUGUGUGUCUCCUGCACCUGUUGAGAUAACGUACUGUGAAGGCAGCUGUGAUGCUUACUCACGAUAUUCUCAAACGACAAACACCAUGGUGCACAAAUGCUCGUGUUGUCAGGAAAUCAAGACCAGCAAGAGAAAGGUGACUCUGAUGUGCAGUGAUGGAACCUCCCUUGAUCACUCCUACACCUACGUGGAGAAAUGCAGCUGUGUGGAUGCUGAGUGCGUUACCCAAGGCAACACCCAACAGGAGACACAGCAGAUAAAGACGUCUCAGGAGCAAGCAAAUGUCAAAAAUUAGAACUAGAGAGAAGUCCUCAAACAAGGGCUGAGCAUAAGACUAAAUAAAGAAACUUCAAAAAAUACAAAAGUGUCAAGAGCAGCUAAAAUUUUGGAUGAACAGAUGAUAUUUUCUGCAUAAACCCUCAGUCUG